AUGUCCAAAGCAUCCUCGCCGCCCAGCUUCUUCCCCACCUCUUCCCUCGACCAUGCGUUCUCGGGAAUCGGCGCAGGUGUUGUCGCGGUGCUGUGCAUGCACCCACUCGACCUCCUCAAGGUCAAGUUCCAGGUAGCGACCGACAAGCCUCAAGGUGGCGUCGGUCGCGCUAUCUGGAACGGGCUCGAGGACAUCCGCGCUCGCGACGGCUGGACUGGCCUCUACCGAGGCGUGGGCUCCAACAUCGCCGGAAAUGCGUCCAGCUGGGGUCUCUACUUCCUCUUCUACCACUCCCUUAAGCAGCGUGCCACCGGCGGCGACCCGAACGUCAAGCUGUCAGCGGGGGCGUACCUCUUGUAUUCCGCACAAGCGAGUGCCGUGACCGCGAUAAUGACGAACCCAUCUGGGUCGUCAAGUCUCUGGCGUGAGCGUCUUCUCUCCCGCCUGUCCUCUGUGGCCACCCUUCCUGAUGCCCGCCCAUAUACGCGGACCCUCGCAGACGGCCUGCGUUCCACAUACAGCGCGGAGGGAAUUGCCGGACUGUACCGCGGCACCACGCUCGCCCUCUUCGGCGUCAGCAAUGGCGCGAUCCAAUUCAUGGCGUAUGAAGAGUUGAAGCGGUGGGGCUUCGAGCGGAAGAAGCGGCAGUUCGCGAAGGCAGGGAAGGAGUACACCGCGAACGACGAUAAGCUGCUCUUCGCGCUUGCAUCCACAUACCCAUAUCAGGUCGUUCGUUCCCGCAUUCAGGUCUGUCUAACAACGCCAUGUCGCAUUUGUACCCUAAAUCCGUGUCUGCGUCAAAAGACGUGGGCAGAGGAGGGUGUGCGUGGCUUCUACCGCGGCCUCGGCAUAAACCUCGUGCGCGUCCUACCCGGGACGUGCGUCACCUUCGUUGUGUACGAGAACCUCGCGUGGCUCCUCCGUUCAACAGCGUUGGCACGUGAACGAAAAAACAUGACUCUUUUUCACACAUGCCUAGUGUAUAAUAUCCCUGGAUAA